AUGGCGGAAAGCUCCAACACCUUCCCGGGGACCAAUCCCUUCAUCAACACCAGCAUUAAAACCGACAAACUCCCCAACAUCCAAAAAAUUUCCGAAGAGGAGGAAUUUGAGGUGACGUCACCAACCGAUGUGACCUUCAAACGGGCCAACGCUGGCGGCUCGCCAGGCAACGCGUUAUUUGGCGGCAGUGCAUUCGGGGAAGGAGCCUCACAAGGCAAUGCAGCUGGGGCCGGGGCCUCGGGCUCGUUGUUUGGUCGGAGUCCCUUCGCGUCGGGCGAGGGCGAGGGCGAGGAAGACCAACCAAGCCCGCUCCCCACCGGCUCGGUUCAGCAGGGCUUCCCCAACAACUACGCACUGGGUCGUCGAACCUCUGUGUCGGCAGAAUCAUUGAACCCCACGUCCGCCGGCGCGGACAGCUGGACCCCGCCAUGCCACCCAAAGACCGACGAGCAGCUGGCUCGCUUGAAGACCGCGGUCAGCGGAAAUUUCCUGUUCUCGCACCUGGAUGACGACCAAUUCAAGACCGUGCUGGAUGCGCUGGUCGAGAAGCCCAUUCCGGCCAAGGAUAUCAAGGUCAUCUCUCAGGGUGACGCCGGGGACUACUUCUACAUCGUUGAGAAGGGCCACUUCGACAUCUAUAUCCACUCCUCCGGCUCGGUACAGCCAGGUCCGGAUGGUCUGGGCAAUAAGGUCGCCACCACCGGACCAGGUGGCUCCUUUGGUGAGCUGGCGUUGAUGUAUAACGCCCCUCGCGCCGCGACGGUUAUCUCGACUGAGGCAAAGAGCACCCUCUGGGCGCUCGACCGCAUCACCUUCCGCCGGAUCCUGAUGGACUCGGCCUUCCAGCGCCGCCGCAUGUACGAGGCUUUCCUGGAGGAAGUUCCCCUGCUUUCCUCGCUCAAGCCAUACGAGCGCUCCAAGAUCGCCGAUGCUCUGGACACGAUCAAAUACCCCGCUGGCGCGACCAUCAUCACAGAGGGCGACCCCGGUGACGCAUUCUACCUGCUGGAGUCGGGUGAAGCUGAAGCCCUGAAAAAUGGCGUUUCUGUGAAGAAUUAUCAGCGCGGCGAUUACUUUGGAGAGCUGGCGCUGCUGGAUGACAAGCCCCGUGCGGCGAGUAUUGUCACCAAAACCGAUGUCAAAGUGGCACGGCUGGGCCGAGACGGAUUUAAGAGACUGCUUGGGCCGGUGGAGGAGAUCAUGCGUCGGACAGAGUACCAGGUGGAUUCGACCAAGUCUCCUGUUUCGUCAUGA